AAAAAGUAGGAAUCAAAUCAAAUCAAAUUCUCUAUCUUCCUCUCUUUUGUCCUCCUAAAAAUGGCAACUUUUAAAACAAUAAAAAAACACAAUAAACACCUAAAUAAUCCUUUCCCUACAACCCCAAAAUCUCUCCCUAUCAUCCAAGGAGCCCUCUCUAUCAAUCCACAUUCCCUCCCUUCUCACCAUGUUUACUCCAUUGGAACCGAUUUCCGAGCUUCUUGGAGCUCCAGAAAUGGCGGGAGUUUCUCAAUUUGUCACAUUUCUCACCCCAAAAGAUCAAUUUGGUCUACAAUACCUGGAAAAGCUUUCAUCUCUGCUGCAAUUGUUGAAACAGAGGUGGAAGAAAGCAGGGGAUCAUUCGCGAUAAGCGAUUGCAAAGUCAAUUUAGUAUGUAAACACCAGACUAUAGAAGAGAUUAAAGUAAUCAAUCUUGAUUCUAAUGGGAACUUUUUUGAGGGUAAUGAUCAUGAUUUCCCAUCUUGGUUUCCUGGAAUAGAUCUUAAAUCCCCUGUUUUAGUAAUAUCAGGAAGGGUUUUCAGCAUGAACAAGAAGAAAAACCAAAUUAAAAAAUCUGCUAAAUAUUGGGUUCUUUUUUAUCAGAAGAACAAUCAUCAAACUGGGUUCCAAGUCAAGGUUGAUAAGCCAAAACAUGAGUUUAACCAUCUAAAAUCAAAGGGUGUUGAUAAGAAAUCGAGUGGAAUUCGAAGGCGAAGAUUCGGGUUAAGUUGGUUACCAUCAAGGCCUAGAGGUUUUGUAGGUGCUGCUGUGGUAUCAGAUGAUGAAAGAGAAGAGAAAUGGUUGGCAAAAUCUGCAGAGUUUAACAGGAUAUGCAUAACUUAUUCAAGUGAUGAAAAUGAGAGAUUUUAUGGUUUUGGAGAACAGUUUUCACAUAUGGAUUUUAAGGGCAAAAGGGUUCCUAUUUUUGUUCAAGAACAAGGGAUUGGGAGAGGAGAUCAACCCAUUUCUUUUGCUAUCAAUUUGGUUAGUUAUAGGGCAGCUGGUGAUUGGAGUACAACCUAUGCUCCCUCUCCCUUUUAUAUGACAUCAAAGAUGAGGUCUCUUUACUUAGAAGGAUAUGAUUACACGAUAUUCGACUUAACAAUGCAAGACAGAGUUCAGAUUCAGGUGCAUGGAAAUUCUGUUGCAGGAGCAAUAUUGUAUGGAAACUCACCUACUGAACUCAUUGAGACAUUCACAGAAUCUAUAGGAAGACCUUCUCAACUUCCUCAUUGGAUUAUAUCAGGGGCCGUCGUCGGAAUGCAGGGAGGCACCGAGACUGUACGCAAUACUUGGGACAUUCUUAAAACUUAUGAUGUUCCCAUUUCGUCAUUCUGGCUCCAGGAUUGGGUUGGACAAAGAGAAACAAUAGUAGGAUCACAACUAUGGUGGAAUUGGGAAGUGGAUACAACACGGUAUAAAGGAUGGCAGAAACUUGUUAAAGAUCUCAACAACCAGCAUAUCAAAGUCAUGAGUUAUUGCAAUCCUUGUCUAGCACCGAGUGAUGAGAAGCCAAACAGAAGGAGAAACAUGUUUGAGGAAGCAAAGAAGUUGGACAUACUAGUGAAAGACAAGAAUGGAGAGCCAUACAUGGUUCCUAAUACAGCCUUUGAUGUGGGGAUGUUGGAUUUAACACACCCAGAAACGGCACCAUGGUUUAAAAACAUCCUACAAGAUAUGGUAGAUGAUGGAGUCAGGGGUUGGAUGGCUGAUUUUGGUGAAGGACUCCCUGUUGAUGCUACCCUCUAUUCAGGUGAAGACCCUUUAGCUGCCCAUAACAGAUACCCAGAGUUAUGGGCUCAGAUAAACCGUGAGUUUGUUGACGAAUGGAAAUCGAGUUGUUCAGGCAAACAAAAGGAAGAUUCUGAAGAAGCAUUGGUGUUCUUCAUGAGGGCGGGUUUCAGAGAUAGUCCGAAAUGGGCAAUGCUAUUCUGGGAGGGAGAUCAAAUGGUUAGUUGGCAAGCUAAUGAUGGGAUUAAGAGUGCUGUUGUUGGUCUACUUAGCAGUGGAAUUUCUGGUUAUGCUCUUAAUCACAGUGAUAUUGGAGGGUAUUGUGCUAUGAACUUACCUCUAAUCAAGUAUCACAGAAGUGAGGAGCUGCUUUUCAGAUGGAUGGAAUUCAGUGCUUUCACCACUGUAUUCCGGACACAUGAAGGGAAUAAACCAUCCUGCAACUCCCAAUUCUACUCCAAUCACAAAACAUUAUCACAUUUCGCCCGCCUUGCAAAGGUGUAUAAGGCCUGGAAGUUCUACAGAAUCCAGCUUGUUAAGGAAGCUUCUGAGAAGGGCCUUCCAGUGUGCCGUCACUUAUUUCUUCACUACCCGGAAGAUGAAUAUGUGCAGACACUAACAUACCAACAAUUCUUAGUUGGAACAGAGAUUCUUGUGGCUCCAGUACUUGACAAAGGUAAAAGGGAAGCAAAGGUUUAUUUUCCUCUAGAAGAGAAAGAAAGUUGUUGUUGGUUACAUAUUUGGACAGGAAAACUGUACACAAACUUAGGUACUGAGGCUAAGGUGGAUGCUCCUUUAGGUUAUCCAGCAGUAUUUGUUAAGUCUGGAUCCUUAAUUGCUCAUACUUUUCUCCAAAACUUGAGGGAUUUAGACAUUCUAUGAUGAUAAUUUAUAUGUUUGAAAUGUCUUUUUUUUUGUGUCUUAUUCAAUGUAUAUGAAAUUAUGAACCUCAUAACAAAAAAGUUCAAAGCGUUUUCUAAAAUGGCUAAGAGGGUGUUUUCUAUUCAA